UUAAGAAUAAAGGUUCUAAAACUAUUUUUUAACCAGAUUAUACUUGCUGCAGAAAAUCACCAAUCUUGUUGGUAUCUAGUUGUCCCAAAUGACUACCGAAUCAGCGUCAGCAAGAAUGGUUGGACAAAUGAUGAGAUAGGCCUCAAAUGGCUUCAGGAGACCUUCGAGACAUAUACAGCUUCAUGUACAGUUGGGAGAUAUCGCCUUUUGAUUCUAGAUGGGCACAGUAGCCAUGCCACUGCAGAAUUCGACAAGUUCUGUACAGAAAGGAAGAUAAUUCCUUUAUAUAUGCCACCACAUUCUUCUCAUCUGCUACAACCGCUGGAUGUGAGCUGCUUUUCACCAUUAAAGUGCUUAUAUGGCCAGAAGACUCAGGAGAUGAUGCAGAGAGGGAUCCAUUCUAUUGAUAAGGAAGAUUUCUAUAUAUCUAUCCUGUAG